CCAAUUUCCACACGACACCGUUUGACCACCAAACCCUAAAAGCUUCAUUUCUCUUCUCUCUCUCUCUCUCUCCUCCUCUUCGCCUACUACCUCACCAUUUUCUCACUUUCUCUCUCCGUUACUGAAUAACACUGCCUCUUCUCUCCUCUCAUCGCCGGCUCGCCGAGGUUCCACCAACAGAAGCCGCCACGCUCUUCCUCUGUCGGUCUAUCUCCGUCUCAGAAAUCCUCUGUUCCGCCUCCCUCUCGUUUUUUCUCUCGCCGUUACUCAGUCCCAACCUCUCCUCCCUUCUCUCUGAUCCAUCAGCUUUCCACCAAGAGCAACCCCAACCUUGCAUAAAAUCACACAAAACAGGGUGUGGUUUCAUCAGAGACGACGAAAACGGCAGCCAUCGGGUCUGGGUGUAAGGAUCUCUGAGAUCUUCCGACUCUCUGUUUCUGCUGAUCCUGAGUUAGAAGCAAUUAGACGCAGAAGAAGGCAAGAGCUUAUGGCUCAACAUGGAGUGGCUGAUCCUGAGUUAGAAGCAAUUAGACGCAGAAGAAUGCAGGAGCUUAUGGCUCAACAUGGAGUGGGAAAUCAACAAAAUUCUGAACAGCAGAAUGCUCAGGAAGAUGCCAAGAGGGAGGCAGAAGAACGGAGGCAAAUGAUGCUUAGUCAGAUUUUGUCAGCUGAAGCACGAGAACGACUUGCUCGAAUAGCUUUGGUAAAGCCUGAGAAAGCAAGAGGUGUUGAAGACGUUAUACUAAAUGCUGCGCAAAGAGGUCAGAUAGUUGAGAAGGUUUCUGAAGAAAGGCUCAUAUCAUUGCUGGAGCAAAUUAACACCCAAACAUCUAAACAAACCAGAGUCACAAUCCAGAGGCGUCGGAGCGUUCUCGAAGACGAUGAUUAGCUCUUUAUCUGGAACUGUGUUAAAGUAAAUAACAUGAUGCUUUUGAGUGUGGUUCGGUAACGAUGCAAUGCUUUGUUGGUUGUUUGUUAACAAAAUGCAGAAUCGUAUUUUGCUUAGUGCAAUGUAAUGUUAUGUUGACGAUUCGAAGUUCUCAUACUUCUGGUUUCAAUAUUCGUAUCUUUUGGGUGU